AUGGAUGGGCUCACUGAUACUGAGACGACCUACGUUCACCUGGAGCCCGACGUUGUAGUACGUCUGGAUCUUCGGGACCAAGACACCAUCACACGAAAACGAAACCGCGACGCCCAACGAAACCAUCGGGAAUUGAAACGAAUGGCUGCAGCUGCCGCCGCCGCCGCGAAUCGCUCCGCCGCCGGCGAGAAGCCGAAAGACACAGGCUCUAGGACUCGAUGGGGACACAGAAAGCCGACUCAGCAGAGCACAUUCGAGGAAGGAGAGCAUUCUAGUAGACCUGACGAGAUACUUGACAUGACAAAUCCUAUGUUCUUAGGGACAACCAAUAAGACGCUCAUGGACCUCGAUAGCGUGUUUGACGAGAGCUGGUCGAGUCUCAGCAUGAUGCAGCCUGGACUAGGAGAGCCUGCCGCUCAGCCCAACGCAAUCGUCUCCUUAGCCCCACAACCAGAUUCCUCCUUCAAUUCCUUCUACAACCGUUGUCAGACUCCAGACCGACAGCACGCAAACUGGGGCCAGGGCCAAAACACCAUGAGCACUGCACCCCAGGCUGCUCAUGACACCCAGUACGGACAUCCCCCGACAUUACCAGAUCAUGCGGUUAAGACGGCCGACAAGAUCGUGGAAGCCGGACCACAUGGUUCACAAGAUACCCAUCUGGGAUCGUCUAUUUCGGAGGAAAAAAAGUCCCAACAGAGCAGCUUCGAUGCCAAGCAGCCUGAGAAUCAGAUCCAGGAUGGCCGGUUUGAGUCAAUCCUGGAAGCAGUGGAAUCCGCCGGCUUCUACAGUUUUGACGAAAUGGCGGCAGCGUACUACACAUCGUCACUGGGCAACGACUCCUCGCUCCGCGCCACCCAGAAAUUUAGCCGCGAACGAGAGCUGAAAUCCCUCCUGAGAGCAUUGAAUCAGAGCGCAAAGGACUGGUCAGCUCGCGAGGCGUGGGCGUACCAAGAAGAAACUUUAGAUUCGGCGCGAAGGAUCCUGUCCGAUGAGCUCUCAAAACUGGCUGAAAAAAGGUUGUCCCAGGUCAACCCGUCGGCAGUAGAGAGCAACAACUCGUCGUCGUCGUCCUCAGCACCAUUAUCCUGUUCUUCUUCUUCUUCAUCUUCUUCGUCUGGGUCAGGAGAGAAUAGCUAUUCCCUGAUAUCCGAGAACUUCGAAAGACUUCUCCAGGACGGCAAGAUCAAUCAACUUCUGAAGCAGGAGAUAAUAAUGCUUCGGCAGACGGUGCCAGAUGCUUUUGAUCAUUUAGCAAAACUUGCCCAAAACGCAAAUAUAUCACAACCUUUAAACUCGCGCAUCGUCGCUGUCUUCCUUCAUCUUCUGAUACACCGAGGCAGGUGA